CAGUGACGUAGCCGCCUCUGUGUAGAGUAGCUGUACAAUGCUGUAAAAAAUCAGACAAAAAUUUGUGAAUUAAAACGCUCAAUUAUCAGAAAUAUUUAUUCGUGCCCGAAAUUCAGAAACAUUGAAUUAAUGAGUUUACUACGGAUAUCCUAAAAAGAUAAAAUGACGGAAGAAAAGACGGAGAUUAAAAGAAACUUCUUUGAAGGAAGCAAUAAACCAUCUUAUCCUUGGUGCAACCUUAGCUUUUUAAACGAAAAAGAUUGGGGAAAUGAGAAGCUACAGCGUGCACAAAAAACAAUCGACGAGACGCCCUACGACCUCGAAGCAUGGAGUGUAUUAAUCAGAGAAGCGCAAAAUAGACCGAUCACUGAAGUGCGGCCACUUUUCGAAAAACUCGUCACAGUAUUCCCUUCGGCGGGUCGUUAUUGGAAAAUAUAUAUUGAACAAGAGAUGAAAAUGAGGAACUUUGAAAAGGUGGAAAAGCUUUUCCAAAGGUGCCUUAUGAAAAUUUUAAAUAUUGAAUUAUGGAAGCUAUACCUUUCAUAUGUCAAAGAAACAAAGGCGAGUCUUGCGACAUACAAAGAGAAAAUGGCCCAGGCAUACGACUUUGCAUUGGACAAAAUUGGAAUGGACAUUCAUUCCUUCAGUAUCUGGAACGAUUACGUCAUGUUUUUGAAAAGUGUUGAGGCUGUAGGUUCUUAUGCUGAGAACCAGAAAAUCAGCGCUGUCAGAAAGGUAUAUCAAAGGGGUGUGGUAAAUCCCAUGAUAAAUAUGGAACAGCUAUGGAAAGAUUACAUGGCAUUCGAGCAAAAUAUAAAUCCUAUUAUUGCAGAGAAAAUGGCGAUUGAGAGAUCGAGGGAUUAUAUGAAUGCACGACGGGUAGCGAAAGAAUUAGAGGCUGUAACCAGAGGAUUAAACAGAAGUGCUCCGAGUGUUCCUCCAACUAGCCAUCCAGAAGAAGUGAAACAGGUUGAACUUUGGAAAAAAUAUAUUGGUUGGGAACGCAGCAAUCCUCUGAGGACGGAAGACACAUCGUUGGUCGCUCGUAGAGUGAUGUUUGCGAUUGAACAAUGUUUAUUGUGUCUUGGACAUCAUCCGGCGGUCUGGCAUCAAGCAGCGCACUUUCUCGAACUUAGUUCGAAAAUUCUCACCGAAAAAGGUGAUGUCAAUGCUUCGAAACAAUUGAGCGACGAAGCGGCAACAAUGUUUGAAAGAGCAACCAGUACACUGCUUUCGAAAAACAUGUUGCUCUAUUUUGCGCAUGCUGAUUUCGAAGAAGGUCGAGUCAAGUAUGACAAGGUUCAUCAGAUAUACCAAAAGUUUCUCGAUAUUCCCGAUAUCGAUCCGACGCUGGCUUACGUUCAAUACAUGAAAUUUGCUAGACGUGCCGAAGGAAUAAAAUCUGCAAGAACUGUUUUCAAAAGAGCAAGAGAGGAUCAGAGAUGCAAGCACCAUGUUUAUGUUGCUGCUGCUCUGAUGGAAUAUUACUGUACCAAAGAUAAAAAUAUAGCAUUCCGAAUUUUCGAGUUAGGUUUGAAAAAGUUUGCAGACAAUCCAGAGUACAUUCUCUGCUACAUAGACUACUUGUCACAUUUAAAUGAGGAUAAUAAUACAAGAGUAUUAUUUGAAAGAGUAUUGUCAUCAGGUAGCUUAGAACCAGAAAAAUCAGUUGACAUUUGGAAUCGCUUUCUGGAAUUUGAAUCUAAUAUCGGAGAUUUAGCCAGUAUUGUAAAAGUCGAGAAGAGGCGUAGUGCUGUUUUAGAAAAGAUUAAAGAAUUCGAGGGUAAGGAAACGGCGCAGUUGGUAGAUCGAUACAAAUUUUUGGAUUUAUAUCCAUGCACGGCUAUAGAAUUGCGCUCUAUCGGAUACAUGGAAGUGUCUAGUGUAGCUAGGAAUUCCUCAAAUACAGUUUUGCGCUCUCCAGACCAAGAAGAAGCCAUAGCUGCACUUCCUAGGCCGGAUUUGUCACAAAUGAUUCCGUUUAAACCUAAACUAAAUGCCCUGCCCGGCGAACAUCCUGUACCUGGUGGAGUUUUCCCAUUGCCUCCGGCAGCUGCACAGUUGUGUACUAUAUUGCCCCCGCCAGGAUGUUUCAGAGGACCAUUUGUAGCUGUCGAUUUACUAAUGGACGUUUUUAGUAGAAUUCAAUUGCCGGAACAUGCGCCAUUGCCUGUAGCGGAUAACGGCUGUGACACAAAAUUAUUCGACCUGGCCAAGUCUGUGCAUUGGAUUGUGGACGAAGCUGCCGACGGAACUACCAUUGGUUCAAAACGAAGAAGAACAAGAAUGGGUGGCGAUGACAGCGAAGAAGAAGAUUUACCACCGCCUCCGGCCAACGAUAUUUAUCGACAAAGGCAACAAAAGCGCGUCAAAUGAUUGAGUGAAAACAAAAGGAUACCAGUCUGCAUAAUUUUUUUCGCGAGGUCAACGCAACGUGGGAAGAUGAUGAAACAAUUUUCUUGGUUUCUGUUGGAAUUUAUACAAUUUGAGAGACUCACGUGAACAAUAGGUGAAGAAUUUUCUCCAGAGUACUAUGUACUCUGUGCGUGGAAAAUAAUCCACAAUUUUCACAGUUGUAUUUUCCAGCUGCGCACCGAAUGUGUGCAAUUUAAUAAAAAUUUCUGAUGUUUCGAGCAGCAUUCAGAUUAAUAACUGAUUAAGUUAAUAAUUUUUAUGAAUAAAUAGGAAUAUCUAAUGUA